GCAAUGAGCGCGGCUGUGCCGAAGGAACUUACAGUGACAGUCAGCAAACGGAGAGGUGAGGAAGUUCCCAGCGUGGACGCAGGAAUGAUGGACAAUGUCACCACAGAGGCCCCGUCUGCUGAGCCUAAAUAUGCCACCUUCGAUGUUCCUGAUAUCAUUGUCGUUGUGGUUUAUUUUGUCUUUGUUCUUGGAGUAGGAAUAUGGUCCUCUGUCCGUGCAAGUCGGGGAACAGUAGGAGGAUAUUUCCUAGCCGGAAGAGCAAUGACCUGGUGGCCUAUUGGUGCCUCGUUAAUGUCCAGCAAUGUUGGUAGUGGUCUCUUCGUUGGUAUGGCAGGAUCGGGGGCCGCAGGAGGUUUGGCUGUUGGAGGUUUUGAAUGGAAUGCAUCUUGGGUGCUGGUGGCUCUUGGAUGGAUCUUCGUACCUGUAUAUAUUGCCUCUGGAGUUGUCACUAUGCCACAGUACUUGGAAAAACGUUUUGGUGGUCACCGGAUUCGUAUCUACAUGUCUGUCCUGUCGCUCAUCCUCUACAUCUUCACUAAAAUAUCAACAGACAUUUAUUCCGGAGCUCUCUUCAUCCAAGUGUCUCUGGGUUGGAACAUUUACAUGGCCACAGUUAUAUUACUAAUAGUCACAGCAAUUUACACUGUCGCUGGUGGACUAACUGCAGUCAUCUACACGGACACCCUGCAAACCAUCAUCAUGGUGGUGGGGGCCUUUAUCCUCAUGUUUAUAUCUUUUAAUGAAAUUGGCUGGUAUCCUGGACUGGAAGAAAAAUACAUGAAAGCCAUCCCAAAAAUAAUUGUACCUAACACAACAUGUCAUCUGCCCCGUAGCGAUUCUUUCCACAUGCUUCGUGAUCCAAUCACUGGAGAUCUACCUUGGCCCGGUCUUAUAUUUGGUCUGACAAUAUUGGCCACUUGGGUUUGGUGCGCUGACCAGGUAAUUGUGCAGAGGUCUUUGUCGGCCAAAAGCUUAUCCCAUGCCAAAGGGGGCUCUAUUGUUGGGGGCUACUUGAAAAUUCUGCCCGUGUUCUUUGUGGUACUGCCUGGAAUGAUCAGCAGAGCGUUAUAUCCAGAUGAGAUCGGCUGUGUUCAUCCUGAUGAAUGUCGGAAAUACUGUGACAUUGAUGUGAGCUGCUCAAAUGUUGCAUAUCCCAAGCUGGUAAUUAGACUGAUGCCUGUUGGAUUAAAGGGUUUAAUGAUAGCAGUAAUUAUGGCAGCUCUAAUGAGUUCUCUCACAUCCAUCUUCAAUAGUGCCAGUACCAUAUUUACCCUCGAUAUCUGGAUACGUAUACGCAAGAAUGCAAAGGAAAAAGAGCUUAUGAUUGUCGGCAGAGUCUUCAUUGUCAUACUUGUGGUUAUCAGCAUUUUGUGGAUCCCCAUAAUACAAGCAGCAAAUAGUGGUCUCCUCUUUGACUACAUGCAGUCUGUCACCAGCUACCUCUCUCCGCCUGUGACUGCAAUAUUUGUUCUGGGAAUUUUUAUCAAGAGGGUCAAUGAACCCGGUGCUUUCUGGGGUUUGCUUAUUGGCCUGGUGGUAGGCGUGAUACGAAUGAUCAUGGAUUUUGUCUAUGUAGCUCCAAAUUGUGGAGAGGAGGACACAAGACCUUCAGUGCUCAAGGAUGUCCACUACUUGUAUUUUGCAAUCCUUCUGUUUGGAUUGACGUCAGUUGUCUGCAUUGUGAUCAGUUUGUGCACAAAAGCCAUACCAGACGAUGAGCUCGGUCGUAUGACUUGGUGGACUCGAAAAAGACAAGAUCCAACUCUUUACCUGACAGCUGAAAUGGAAAGUUCAAAGGACAUAGCUGCAAUAUCUUUAACUGUUCCACCUAUUCAGAAAGAGCCAGAAGGAAACUUGAUGCCACAAAUUGAAAUUCUCCAAGACGCUUAUUUUGUGCAGGAGCAGAAAACAAGCAAUGAUGCCUCAACAUAUUCUUGUUGGAAAAAGUUGUACUACUGGUUCUGCGGUAUCUCCAUGCAGCCUGAAGUGAAAUUGUCUAAAGAAGAAGAGAUGAGGUUGCAGAGGAAGUUGACCAGUAUUGAAGAGAAGCCACUCUGGAGGAACGUGUGCAAUGUCAAUGCCGUCAUCCUUCUCGCCAUCAAUGUUUUCCUCUGGGGUUACUUCGGAUAAACUACACUGAGCAGGAAGAACUAUGUUUGCAGUCACAGUUUCAAUUGGCAACAAUUGUAAAAUAUCACAACCAGAAAUGUCACCUCAAACUUUGGAUCUUCUUGUAGGAGAACUCCAGGUGGCGCCAUGUUUUUCUAUGGAACAUGUAUUUUAUAUCUAUUUACCCCCCACAUCUCACUGUACACUGGAGUCCGUUUUUAAAGAUUUUCUAGCACUAAAAGAUUUUUGUGACAAUAAUGUACUAAAAAUAAAGGUUACAUCAAAUUUCAUG